GACGACCUUAAACAACACAACAGAAGAUUUAGGGAGCCCAGCGACAAUUUCAGAGUCUCCAUUUUGCAUGCUAAGUCCAAAGUGGCAAAACCUGAAGAUUUUUUUUAUAGCACUGAAUAUUCCUCUCUCCAUCACGGCGUUUUUGGGCAAUCUUCUGGUUAUUACUGUACUUUGGAAGGUCCGCAGCUCCAUGUGCCUUCAUCCUUCCUCAAAGCUUCUGUACAGUUGCCUUGUGUUCACUGAUCUGUGCUCGGGUCUUAUUACACAGCCUCUGUUAGUCGCCUUCAUAUUCUCCCCAAAACACUCCAAAGGUUGUCUCUAUCUACAAAUCCCGUAUGUCCUCACGAGCACAAUUUUACGAGGAGUCUCGGUGCUAACAGUGACUGCGAUCAGUGUGGACAGAUAUUUGGCUUUGGUACUAAGAAUGAGAUACAGAACCAUGGUCACACUUACAAGAAUACGGACUCUUCUGGCUGUUUUUACCCUUUACACCGUUAUCGGUUCAAUGUUGUGGCUGUACAAAUUUCGCAUUGCUGCAGCCUUGACUGCUGUAACAUUAUUGUUGUGCCUUUUGACAGCAAGUCUCUGUUACUUGAGAAUUUAUCUAACCUUACGCAACCACCAAAUUCAAGUUCAAAAGCGUGUCUUCCAGCCACGAGAACAAAAAUUCCAAAUGAAUAUGGCUUGGUACAGUAGAACAGUGACUAGCGCGUUAUGGAUACAGUUCACAUUACUUUUUUGCUAUUUUCCAUUUUCUACAGUCAUAGCAUUACGUGCAGUCAUUGAUGUUAGUAAUAGCCCUCAUGCGUCGGCAAUUGAUCUGGCAUGGUACAUCACAGGAGUUCUGUUUUUGUCGAACUCAUCAAUAAACCCGAUACUUUACUGCUGGAAGAUUAGAGGAGUGAGAGCUGGAGUGAAGGACAUGAUCAGACAAUUUUGUCGUUUCUGAAGUUUAAGGGGAUAGUUUCCUCAGUUUUAGGCAAUAAUAGAAGUACUGACUGUCAGUACGACGUAGUAGCUUAAAUCUCAGUGAGCUGAAAGGAAACGAAGAGAAAAAAUAUAUUAAACAUUAUCGCCACAUUUUUUAUGACAACUCAUUAUCCAAAAGCAGUUUUUUUAAAAACGUUUGCAUCAAUUUUAAUCAUGCUUAGAUCUCCUCUGGUAUAGCGUCUUUUUAGU